AUGGAAGACGACAGGAAAUCUCUUUUGGAGUACGAUAUUCCUGAUACGACAACCGGACUCCUCUCAAGCAUUGUCAGACCGCCUAUCACUUUUAAGCACUUUAAAUUGAAACCACAGUUCAUUCAAUUCAUCUCCAAUGAUUUAUUUGCAGGCAUACCACAUGAUUGCCCUGUAAGUCAUAUUGAUAGCUUUAUGGAGAAAUGUGAUACUAUGAAAAUGAAUGGUGUUACAGAUGAUGCUUUCCGACUUCGCCUUUUCCCUUUCUCACUACGGGAUAGGGCAAAAGAAUGGUUGAGAGAUGAAGGAACUGGUUCGUUUGAUACAUGGAGCAAGCUGGUGAAAGCUUUCCUGGUAAAGUUUUUGGGACAGGAGAAGACUGCAAGGCUGAGAAACGAACUAUCUACCUUCCGUCAGUCAGAUGAUGAGUCCCUUUAUUGGGCAUGGAGGAGAUUUAAGCGAUUGCAGAGGCAAUGCCCCCACCAUGGUAUUCCUGAAUGGAUGCUGAUUCAAACCUUUUAUAAUGUUUUAACCCAUGAGUUCCAAAUCUACAUUGAUGCUGCAUCGGGGGGUUCUCUCUUGACAAAGAACCCAACUGAGGCAAAGGAGCUGAUUGAGAAGAUGGCGGCCAUUGAUAAUUAUCAUCCAGGAGGCCAACAUAAUGUGAAGAAGGGAGGUAAAUUAGAUGUUAAAGCUCUAACUCUUUUGACUAGUUCUGUGCAAGCAUUGACAAGUAAGUUUGAUAGACUCCAAGCUGGAACAUCUGCUAGCUUACCUGAGACUUGUCAAAUGUGUAAUGUGCAAGGUCACAUUGCACCCAAUUUCCCACAAAAUUCAAAUGACAUGUCGAUUGAAGAAGCCAAUGCAUUCUACACUUCCAACCCCAAAAGGCCAUAUGACCCCCACUCUAACACAUAUAAUGAAGGUUGGAAGAAUCACCCAAAUUUUUCCUACAAGAAUACCCAAGCCCAACAAAAUCCACCUCCACCACCACCUCAAAACAACAACUACAAUGCACCACCUGGUUUCCAACCAAGGCCACCUCCAGUCCAACAACCUAUUCAACCACCUCCUCAAAAGUCCAACCUUGAACUAAUGUUGGAAAAUUUUAUCACCACAACCAACAAUUCCAUCCAACAACAAAAUGGUUCCAUAACACAGUUACAAGUCCAAAGUAAGCUCAUGGAAAAUCAGAUAAGUCAACUUGCUCAUCAAGUUGGCCAAUCUUUAAAGACACAGGGCACUUUUCCGGGUCAGACAAAGCAACCACAAAAGGGGCAUAUGAAUGCAGUAACUUUGAGGAGUGGGAAGCAAUUGGAAGAUCCUCCUAUCAAGGAGCCAUCAAGGGAGGUUGUUGAAGGAGUAGGCGGAAGUGAGAAGGUGAUUGAUAAUUCUAAGAUCGAGGAAGAGCCAAAGGAAGCAACUUCACCACCUCUUGCUCCAUAUGUGCCAAAGGUUCCUUUUCCACAGAGGUUAGCUCAAGCUAAGCUAGAGAAAAAGUACGGUAAAUUUCUUGAUAUCUUGAAAAAGCUUCAUAUUAAUAUUCCAUUUUUAGAUGCUAUAUCCGAGAUGCCUUCUUAUGCUAAAUUUUUAAAGGAUAUGCUUUCUAACAAGAAAAAUCUAGAAGAGAAUGCUAUAGUUGCUUUGACUGCAGAGUGUAGUGCUAUAUUGUAG